AUGGCGAGCAUGAAGGUUCAGGAUCUCAAAAAGGAGCUCAAGGCACGUGGACUUUCUACUGCCGGGAACAAAACCGAACUCAUAGAACGUUUACAAGCCAUCGGGGACGCUCCCAAGAAUAUCCUGUUGGAUCUACAGUCUGGUGUUUCCUCCGAGGAACUCCUGGCAAGCACCGCAGCGGCCGAGGAGGAUGAAGUGUUCUCUGGGCGACAGCUGAUUCCUCCAACGGCGAGCCAGGACGAUGCCGAAGAGUAUGUUGACUGUGCUGAUGAGUCUCCAGCCACGGGAACCACAUUUGAUCCCAAAGGGCUCCAGGAUGGGCUGGAAUCCCAAACAACUGAACAGUUUUCGCCUAGUGGAACGCUCCUGGACACAGUACAGAUCGCCGGGUUCCCGGAAAUCAGGCGUCAGGACUGUGACGCAGGGAGCACACAAGGCCCGUCUGAGGUGGGUGAAGGUUUUGUCCUAUCCCAGAACUGUGGGGGUUGGCCCUUGUGA